AUGGCGGGUAUAUGCUCGGACGAUGUGGAGGAUCGCAUCAAGUGGAAGUUUAGGACGAGGUGGCUGAUCCCAAAUAGUUGGGAUGAAGGCGAAGAAGAAUUAUGUUCAUUAUAUGGGUAUAAUCAUAUUGGUACAUGUAUUUUUGAUUUUAGACUGGCGAAUAGUGCACAAUAGGUAGACCAUAAUUUUACGAAGUAUAAUUAUCCGGAAUGAUAAAAACCUCGGAUCGCAAUAAUCCGGGACGUAACAGCCCCGAACAUAGGUAGUAUUCCGUAAUUAAGUAAAAUCAAUUAUUUCUAAAUCUUCUUAAGGUUUCUUACAGUUCCAAAAACGGUAACCCACAAUCGUAUUUAUUUCGCUGGCCUUUUAUCUUCACCCGACCCCCUCAGAUAAAAAUCAUUUACUUUUCCCGAUUGUUUUUCUACUUUCUCGAAUUUUCCACUUACUCCUAUUCAUGUUUCACGACAAACAAGCUACGGCAAAAAAUGUACCAUACAUAUAAUAUUAUAUUUUAGAAACCAUUGAUAUAUUUCCGGAGUAUAAUCUUUUGGAUUUUUGAAGUCCGGAAAUUUCAGUACGGGUUCUUACGUUUCGGAACAUUACAUUUUGGAAUAUGAUGUUCUGGGUUACUGUGUUCCGGAUUUAUAUAGCCCAUCAUAGAAUAAUAUGUUUUUAUAGUUUCGACAAAAUAUAAAAAAUAUAUCCUAGCUGCAGGCAUCCAAUGUCCGUGGAUCAACAAGUUUAAUAAAAAUUCGCCUCUUUGUUUCUGUAACGAAUAAAACUAUUAUAUUCUAGAUAACAGAUAUUUAGUAUUUGUUCAUUAGAAAAACCAAUAUUAAAGGAAUAGGAAAUGUUGUAUUUCGAAGCUAUAAAGAAUUUAUGCUUACAAAUAUUAGAUGAAUAAUAAAAAACUAUCACGCAAGAUUUUUUUUUUAAAUUUACUAUAACUAUCGAUAUGUAAUUAUCGAAAUGUUGACACACAUGCAAACUUCUAAAAGCAUUUAAAAUGUGGUGCUAUACGCAAGAUAUUCCAAAUUUCACGUUACAGUCAAGAAAGUACUUAUUUUUUUAAUAAAUGACUAAUGUAAAAACUUUUUGGAGUCAUAUACAUAGGUAUUCUAAAAAUUUAUGUUAGCCUUAUUUUAUUCGCAAUUAUUUGAUGAAAUCACUGUUUUGGUAAGUUGGGAAGGUAGAAUAUGGAGAAGAAUUUAGUGUAUAUCUCUACGCAAUGAUUAAUCUUCGCUAACGAAAAACGAUUCUGAGCUAUAUUUGAUUAUACAUGUUAUACAUAUGUAUAAUUAGGCAAUAUCUAGAUUAAGCGGUUUAAUUCUGAAUUGUACAAAUGUUUCCUUUAAUUUGAUGUCAAAAUAGUCAACAAUCAUUUCACACCGAUAACCAAAGCACUAGAAGUGUAAACAUGUUUUAUAUUAAGUCAGUAACUUUACUUUAAGUAGAAUAAAAUUAUUAUUAAUAAGGAGGAAAAAUGUGAAACAUAAAAAGGGGAGAAAAAGUAAUAAACUAGGUCUUCUCUGGUGAUCGUGUGACGCGAUCACUAAUGAAAAACUGUAUUAAAGUUUCGCUUUUUUCAUUGUGUUUAAUAUUUGUGUUAUGUUGGAGUUACCGGCGUAUACGAUAAUUAGGUACAUAUCCUAAUGAUCGAUAGGUUAUAGAUAAGUUAUGUAUUUUAUCAAAGCAUUGAUAACAAUAUACAUGCAGGUGCAUUAUUCUCUGGAGGUCAGCAAAAAUAACGCCACGGUUUUCGACUGCAGUAUAAUAUAAUUCGGAUUACUGCAGUUUUUUUAUCGUAUUAUAUUGUUCAUAACAUUUUACUUAAUAGUAAUAAAAAAUUAUCAGGAUAUGAAAAAAUUUAAAAAAAAAAAUUGUCUAUGCAAUUAUUUUAGUCUAUUUUAAAUAUUAGAAACCUGUAAGAGUUGACGUUGGACUGACAAAAAAAAAUUAAGUGUGACGUAUUAUUAUAAUAUUUUGUUUAAUUACAUUAAAAUGCAUUUCGCAUGUUAUGAUAUGCAUAUUUAUUUGUUCAAUUGCAUCGCUCGCUGAAAUUAAACGUAUUAUGUACACGUGUGUUACAAACCGUUUGAUACAAUAUUCAUAAUUUAUCGAAGAAGACGGUGGAAGUGGGGUGUCUUAGGUUCAUAAACAGUUUCAACGUUUACGAUAUACAGUUGUGUAUUAUAAUUUCUUCUAGUCAGAUUUAUAUCCGCGUCCCGAUAACUCGGCGUCGUGCGAUUUCGCAUUUUCGUUAAUUCGGUUAUCGUUGCAUUUUAAAUAGUAGUUUGUUUUUAAGCAUUACAUUUAAUUAAAUAUUGUUAUAAAUUACAAAAAAAAUAAACAUCACAAUGACUUCUGUAGGAAAAUAUAUUAUUUUAUCGAGCACGGGCGUUUACAGGGAUCGGAACAUUAUCACUACAUUGUUUGUUUAAGGUAAUUUUCAAUUUAAAUUUUUUUGAAUUUUUAACGGCAUACUUUUAGAAUUUAUGUCUACAUAUUAUAGUAUUCUGUCACUGCGACACCAUUGCAUUUGCGUCUUUCAAAUAUAGUAACUAUACAGGACGUAUAUAUUUUAAAAAUCUCGAAAAUCGAUUGUUUAAAAUCUAUUUUGCGAACGUAUAAAUUUUAAAUUAUGUACCUAUGAAUUUUCUAUUUUUUUUGUAUAUUUUAUAAGGUACGUUCAUCUCAAUACUCAAAGUCCAAAAAUACCAACAAUUUCCUAAUAUACAAAAUAAAAGCAAGUACAUUUUUAAAUAAUAUAAUUGAAUAUUUAUGUAAUUUAAAAAAAAAAAUUGUUUAUAAACAAUACUGUAUAUUCUAUAUCAUUAUUUUAUGUAUAAAUAAGAUAAAUAGACUACUGGACCGAUUUUUACUUGGUUUUUCCAACAUGAUCCAUAUUUUGUCAGAGGCAAAUUUCUAGUUAUUGAAAUUUUCGAUCCGACCUGUAGAAAAAAGUUAGGUUCCUAAAUAAUUGUUUUCACAAGUUAUAGUUUCUUGAUUACAUACAUAUAAUACAUUUGUAUAUUUACAUGAGUAAAUAAAUAUAAACAGGCAGAGCAAUAAUAUACAAUGAAAUAUAGCUUAACUAAAGUCAACUAAAGGGUUAUUUAUAACAGUAAUGCAAUAUUUAAAAUGUGAUAUUAAAUCGGCAUACAUAAAAUAAGUACUCUGCACUUAAUCCUAAUAUUAUAUGACUUACUUAAAUAUUAUCCACAAACAAUAAAUUAAUAAUAUAAUUAGUAGUCAAUUAGACGAUAAAUAAUCUAAUGUUCCGAUUAAGGAUAAUAUAGAUUAUAGUUAUCACAAUUUAUUCAUCUAAGAAAAAGUACAACUUAUACUAGCCGUUGAUAUAUGUCAAUUUUCAGAAGAAUUGUAUAAAUAAAAGCAUUAUUUGUUCGAAACAUUUACAUUCAAUAAAAAAAAUGAUUCAAUAUUAUUAUAAUUAUUAUCUAAUUCCUAAUAAUAAAUAAAAUGCUCUAAAUAAUAUUACUAAUAUUUAAAACUAAAUAACAAAAUUAAUUUAAAAAAAAGAAAAAAUAUUUCAACUCAAAGGCUGACAAAAUUUGGAAUUAAUUUAGGAGCUAUUUAAUUUUUAAGUUAUAAUUAUUAAUGUCAAACUCGAUAUAAUUACUUUUUAUCUACGCCUAGAAGUAUUAUGUAACAUUCAGUUAUCCAAUUAUUGUUUUCUGUGGUUUUUUUAAUGUUUUUUUUAUUUAUUUAAUCAAUAUAUAUAUGUAUUUAAAAUAAAUUGAUAAUAAAAACAAUUUUAUUAUUAUGUAUAGGUACAAUUAUAAUAAUUUAAGACCCUUAGCCUUUAUAUUAGUAUUUUAAUUUUUUUUAAUAAUAAAAGCAUAGAUAAAUCAUUACACUGGCAACAUGAUUCUGCUCGAAAUAUUUAAGUUUACUCGAGUUUCUUGUUAAUGUUUUUGCGCUUUGGUUGAAAAUUUUGAAAAUUGUAUUGGACAUAUAAUAUACAACUAGGAUGCCUAGAGUGCCGGCCGGAAAUUUGUCCCAAUACAUCCAAAACUGGGAUUAAUUUGAAUUAAUUUAAACUUGAUCAGCAGAGCACACUUUAAGCUCAUACUAUUAUUAUAUUAUAAAUAUGAUCUUUAAAAAAAAUAAAACCUUAAAUCUUAACAUUUAAGAAAAUAUUGAUCAUAUCUUUAUUGUAUAUCUGAAUAAUGGCUAAAUAAAUUAUUUCUUUAUACUUCUUCCUAAAGUUAACACACCUAUACCGAAUCAAACAAAUCAAACCAUUUCUCAUAAAUAAUGAAAAAUAUUUGGUUUAUAUAGUUCUUUGGCACUGUCCAUUAAAAAUUCACCGAUAAAAAAUUAUUUUUGUUAAAUAUAUUACCAAAAAUAAAAGCUUUUAUUGGGGGAGAAAGAUAUUUAAUUUUCUAUUUAACUUGGCAAUAAUAUAACUAAUUCCAAUAAGAAUUGGGCAACAGCUCUAAAAAUAAAUACACCAAGUAGGAUGAGGAUAUAAUUUUAAUAUAAAAGAUAACUAUUAUCCAUAUGCUAUGUGUAAAUUUACAGUUUGUUUUUAGAAGCCGAAGAGUAUAAACAAAAAUCAAAAAUCUUGAAGGGUCUAAAACUUCCUUCAACUCUCAACUUUCCACCAACAUUAUCUCCCUCAGAAAAAUUUGCUCUACUUAGAUUAGUAAGUAGCCAACAGCCGCUGUGGGUUACUACUAUAGAUAAUAAAUAUUUAGGUAAUAGUAUAGUAACAUUCAACUAAAAUAUUGUUGGCGCGUGAAUAAAAAAAAAACAAUUCAAAAAACAAUAAAAAUAGUUGAUACUGAAAACGAGUGCGCCACUAUUGAAGGUGGGAAGUCUGGGAGGUUUGGUUAGACAGAUGAUAGGAUAUGUUAUAGUAAUUUAAUUUAUACCAAAAAACAACGAUAAAUCGUUAUAUUGCUAACUUAUAACGAAUUGGUAAAGUUUGGUUGUAAAUAUUUUAAAAAACUGUAAUAUUUAUGAUUUUCGUUAAAAUUGGGUUUUGACUCUUAUUAAAAAAAUAACAUUUAAUUAGGUAACUUAAUUAACUUAUAAUGAACAUCCGGUCAAAUUUCCCAGCAUUUAUGUUUUGUCUAACAAUUUUAUCAAUAGAGUAGAUACUGAAUAAAAAUUACGUAAAAAAUUCGCAAAAUUAAGUCUAUUAAUAGCUUGAAAAUGGCUUAAAUGAAUUGAAUAACUUACCACGUCUAGAAAAAGCAAAUAUAAGUUUACUAUCAAAAUUUUAAGUCUCUACGAAAAUGUUUAAUGAAAUUAUAUUAAAUUUGUCAUUGCUUUAAUUUUUUUUUUCAUAAUUUUUUCUACCAGAAAUUUUUGGUUUUGUAAAAAUUGAGUAAAACUGGAAUUACGAAAAGUAAAAACUUUUAAAUUUACGGCGCUUAAAUUUUACGAAAAUAAUUCUUUAGUUAUUUUAAAUUUUGGUUUUUGAAUGUAAUUCAGUUAAAAAUAUUUGUAGACUUGAAAUUUCGACAGACAACUUAUAUGUCUUUAUAUAAAUAUGACAAAAUUUUCAUUAAAAGUCGUUUUUAGUGAUCAAAAAAAAUUGUUUUUUUUUUUUAAAUUAAGUUUUAAAAUCAAAUUUUAACAAAAAUUUUAAAUAUUAUGGUCUUUAAAAACAUGUAAGACUGAAUUUAGCUCUAAAUCGGUUUUUCCUAGCAAUGGUUUCUCGUUGGUUACAGGUCUAAAUUGAACAACUUAAUGUAUCCCAUCCUUCCCAACUACCUACCUAUAACAGUGGCCGCACCCUAUGGAUUCCAUAGUGGUUGAAUCCGACCUUAGUAUUAGCUAUUUUAAUUUUCUUUAUCUCGAUCAAUAUAAUUUUAUUUAAUAUUACAUAAUAUUUUUUUUCAACUGUGUACCUAUUUUUUUUUCUUCAUAAUAUCUAUGUUAUUAUUGAUUUUUUUUGUUUGUUUUUUAAUCGAUUUAUUUUAUUAAAUUAAUUUAAUUUUUUUAUCUAAUCAUUUUAUUUUAUAUUUAUUCGCAUAUUUCAUCAUAAUAGGCAUUGUCUUCGUAAAUAAAUAGUACAACCAUACGAUAGUUGUAAAGAAAAAACUGAUACUGGGGUUGGGUGAAAACACUGUUAUAGGUAGGAAAUUAGGAAGGUAGGAUACAUAAAGUGAUUUAAUUUUAUACCUGAAACUAACGAUAAACCAUUUUUUUCGAAAAACGAUUUGAAAGACCAUAAUAUUUACGAUUUUUGUCAAAAUUCGAUUUUAAAACUCUUAUAAAAAAAAAAUAUUACAUUAAACUAAAUAUUUGGUUUUUACUUCUAAGUAUGAGUAGUGAACCUCCUAUCAAAUUUUCAAGAAUUUCGGUUAAGUCUAACAAUUUAUCGACCGAGUACCUACUAAAUUAAAAUUAUGUAAAAAACUCACAAAAUUAAAAUGUCUCUACAAAUAGCUCAAAAAUUGAUUAAAUGUUUUAUAAGUUUUAUUACGUCUAGAACAAUUUAAAGUAAGUUUUCUUUAAAUAUUUUAAAUCUCUACGAAUAUUUUAAUCUGAGAUAUAAUGAAUAAACAAAGUUUAAAAUAAUAAAACUAUUAUUUUCCUAAAAUUUUCUGUUAUUCUGCAUUUUUUUUUUUUUAUCAGUUUUACUCAAUUAUUCAAUAAAAUACAAAGAAAAUUAAAAAAAGAAUAACUUACUCAUGAACUAGAUUAAUAAUUUAAUAAUAGGAUAAUUUUGCGGGAGAAACGACGUUUUGUUUAAUACUGAAACAUUCCUACACUGAAUUUGAAAUCGAAUUGUUUGUACAACCUAUCAAACAGUGUUUAACUGUGAAAUCGCCAGUGUUGAAAUCUCUACCCGUGUUAGUCGAAUAAAUUUCGAUAACAAUAGGUAAUUAUUAUUAUAACAGAUGAUCGUGUUGACAAUGAAACGUACAUUCUAAAUUAACAAUUUUAUCUCAUAUAAUAAACAGACUUUGUUUUCUUAAAUUCGAUAAACUAUUGCAAUAAUAAAAUCGAUAACCUACAUGAUAAUAUGUGGGUACAUGCGAGGAAUUGACAAUAAAAACUAUUACGCACAGUAAGUGCAUUAACCGCGCGUGCAUCUCGCAGUAUUUAAUAUUUAUACAAUAUAGGAAAGUCUAAUAAUUGUUUUUUAUAAUAUUAUUUUGUAAAUAAAAAAAACCAACAUCGAACAUUAAAAUUAUUAUUUAUUAUAUCAUUUUAGAUUCUGAGCAGAGUGAGGAAUUUAUUGUUUUUACAAUUAUUAUUAUAAUAAUUGUUUUUUUGCUCCGAUUUUUAAGUGUGUGUACUUGGUAAAUAAAAUUGUCAGACUGAACAUAAUAGCUUUAAAAUUUAACAAUAGGUUCACUGUAAGUUAUUCUUAAUGGCCAAUAAGGAAAAGUUGAGUUAAUGUAGUUUUUUUUUUUUAUAAGAAUUUUAAUAUCAAAUUUUGACGAAAAUUUCAAAUGUUACGGCUUUUGAAAACAUGUAUAACCGACCAUUUCUCAGAAUUGUUUCAUUAUACUGGGUGUCUCACGCAAAUUCAAAAUGUAAUCAUUUUCAUUCUUUUCAAUAUUUUAAAUUUUUUUUGUGUAGUAAUAAUUUUAACCUUGCGUUAUGUUUCCUUUAUUUUAUAUUUAUUUCGAUAACUAAAAUAAAAAUUUGAACUAUAAAAAAAAUUAUUUUUACAACAUUUAAGAUAGCCUUUUUAUAAAUAUAUUUUAAAACGAAAUGUUGAUGCUACAAAUAUUUUCCAAUGAAUAUCUAAUGAUGUAUCAUUACAUUUUUACAGUUUUUUGAAAUUUACAAAAGUCAUUAAUAAAUUUAUUUUUCAAAAAAAAAUGAUUAAUCGGUUGAUACUAAUUAGUAGUGAUCAUGAAAACAAUUUAAAUUAUCGUAUACUUUAAAAAAAUAUCAAUCGAUCUGACAUAUCUUGUUAUGAACAAUAAUUUUGUUUAACUUCAACAAAUCAUUGAAACUUAGCAGUUCAUCAUUAAUAGUUAGUAAAUAUUUAUAACACCAAAAUCGUGUUUAAAAAUAUAUGUAUUUAUAAAAUAGUUAUUUGGAUUCUUGUAAAAAACAAAUUUGAAAAAGAUGUAAAUGUUUUACUUUUAGGUUUAAAAAUAAUAGAAAUAGAAAAAUUAUAUCACAAAGCUUUAGUUAUUGUAAUUAAAAAAAUUAAAUUAAGUAAUUAUUGAACAAAAUAAAAUAAAUUGCAUUUGUUGAAUCUCCGUGAGCCAUCCUGUAUAUAGUGUAGGUACAUUAUUUAAUAUUAUACAAAUUAAAAUGAAUAAUGUGAUGUAAUUCAAAUAUAACUAUUUAUUUAUUAAGUUAAUUUAAAAAAAAUAUCAAAGGUAAGCUAAGUUAAAGAUUCAAAUUAAUUAAUAGUUAUCACUAUAAAAUUUUGUCACGAAAAAAAACAAUUAGUGUUAUUAUUCUUAAAAUUAAUAUAUUGUCUAGGUUUAGUUCGAAUUUUAGUCAUAUUACUAUAAUUAUUUAGACAAGUAUUUAUAAAUAAAUUAUUUAUAAGCAGAGCAAUAAAUUAUUACAAUUUUAACAUUAUACAAUUUAAAUCGAUGUAUUUCGUACCUGACAUGUUUAGAUAACGUGUAUAUUUAAGAUUACGACUACAACUAUCAACUUAUACAUAUCGCAUUAAGAUAAAACAAUUUUUAUUUUAAAAAGUUUCUCGGAAAUAGAACAAAAAAGCGAUAUAAUAUUUUUAUAAUUACUGUUAAGACCAUUGUAGAUACCUUUGUAAUCAUCAUUAUAACAACAUUAUAAUAUUUAUAAAAUUAAAUUUACUGGUGUUCAACGACUUGAAUAGGCUGACGAUCGAUAGUUACUAAUAUCAUAUUAAGUGUUUGAUAUUAAUUAAUAUAAUUCGUCCAAUUAAGUAAUAUAAAUAUAUUGCAUAAUAUAAUGAUUGUUUUUGUUUCCGUCAAAACCACAUCUCCAAUAGUUUAAUGAAUUGAAACCUUUUUGGAAAUUUCUGAACGUGUCUGUCAUACUAUCGGUAAAUCCGAACUGGUACAUCAGUUUUGGUAUCGCAUGUUCGGAGUAGAAAAUAUAUAAUCCAUCUGAAAAACAUCAAAAGAUUUUUAGAAGAACACUUUUAAACUUGGAAUAAUUAUAACUUUUAUAAUAUAUAUAUGUCAUAUAUAGUAAAAUAAUUGCAUACCUAUGCAUUAUAUAUAUUUUUUUUAAUAAUAUUUGUUUAAUAUUGUACCUAAUUCCCCAUUUCCCCCCCACAGUUUUUCUACUAUAUUGACCUCCCUAAAAUAUCUUCCUCCAGUAAAAUAUUGUUUCAGAAAAAGUGCGCUACCAUUGUAAAUUGGUCAAAAUUGCUUGUAGAAAAGUUAAUCACAGGAAAAAAAAACAUCAUUGUAAAACCAUAAGUUUCUUCGCUCCACUCAGAAUCUAAAAUGUGUUAUUUAAUUUUAUUCAAUACUUCAAAACUGAACAAAUAUAGGUAAUAGGUUUUGUCAUCCCUAGUUCUUAGUUAUUUUUUCAUUUUAUUUUUUUUACGAAUACCAGAAUAUUGCGUUUAUUUGUCUAAACUCAUUAGUUAUUAGGUUCAUAUGGCACUAUCAACUCGGGACCCAACUAGUAUAGUACUUGCAGAAACCUAGGAUCCAAAUCCCCAUUAGUAUAGUACUGGCACUAACUCGGGUCAUCAAUCUAUUGUUUAAAAUUAUGAUUAAACAUUUACCAUAAGGGACAUUUCUUCUUUUUAGAAGAGGAUUUAGUUUUAACAAGUUUAAAAUACUUUCGUCGCCAGAAUGAGAGGGUCUUAAAAUAUUAUACUUAUAACUAAUAAAACGAAGAGCUUUAUUUUACACAGACUCUAACUGAUUAAUGAAACUUAUAUUAAGAGUAUCCCAGAUUAUUGAGGCAUAUUCUAGGUGAGAUCUUACAAGAGAAGUGUUAAGACAUUUAAGAGUGAAAGGGUUGUUGAAAUUUGAGCAAUCACGCAUUAUAAAGCCUAACAUGGAGAGGGGAUUAUUUUUAGUAGAUAUGAUAUAGUUAGUAAAUAAGAGUUUAGAAUCAAAGGAGAUACCAAGAUCGUUAAUUAGGGAGCAACGAAGUAAGACAUGAUUUUAUAAUUUAUAGUUAAACGUUAAAAUAUUGGUUGUUAUUUUUUUUUUUGAGAAUGAAAUAGUUUGACACUUAUUUAAAUUUAAUGACAUUUCAUUGAAAUUACACUAUUUAUUAAAGCUAAUUAAAUCUUUUUGCAAAUUUUCAGCAUCGGUUAAUGAUUUGAAAUUUUCAAAAAUGUUAAUGUCGUCAAAAAGUAGUAAUUGAUGGAGAGAACAAUAUCAUUGAUAAACAGAUUAAAUAAGAGUGGAGAGAGGUGGUCGCCUUGAGGAACUCCAGAAAUAACUAUUAUGGAAUUAUAUAGUUUUUUAUUUUGACUAGUUGAGUUCUUUGGGAUAAAAAUGAAUUGAUCCAGGAUAAUAGAGGAUCUGGAAAACCAAUUUUAAUAAAAAUGAGGGUAAGUACAGAAUGGGGCACUGAAACGGCCGAUUUUCAAAGAUAAAUUAUAAAAUAAAUAAACGAAUAAAUAUUAACUAUUAUUAAUUAGAUUGAAGUACAUGACUUGCCAUUUAUUUUUUAAAAAUUAUGUCCUCCAUAUGAUGGCCAUCUUUUUUCAAGCACUCUUCUAGCAUACUUCGUAUAUUUUUUACUACACGGUGUAUCACUUCCAAAGGUGUACUGGAGAUUUCUUCUUUAUUUUUAGUUUUUAAUUCAUCAAUAUUUCGAGGUUUCUGUGCAUAGACUUUACUUUUUAAAUACCCCCACAAAAAUAAAUCAUAUACUGAUAAAUCAGGUGAUCAAGGCGGCCAAUGAAUAUCACCGUUUUCGGAAACAUUUUGAAUAAAGUUUUCAUUUUCGUUAAUUUGGGUUAGCAUUUCUCGACAAAAAGUUGUGCGGCUAUAGAGAUUUGCACGUUUUAAUACUUAAAUCACCUGCACCUUAUACGGGUAAAAGUUUAAGUCACUGUGUAAAAUCCGACGUAGACUUUUACCGGACAAAUUUAACGAUACCGCAUGUUUCCGUGCAGAACGUUUUUAACUCUUUAUGAGAGCGGCCCUAACAGCAGCGACGUUUUCAGAUGUGUGAAUGGUUUUUUUUUCGUAAAGGGUUCUUUUUUAAUGCUGAACCCGUUUCUUCAAAGUUGGUUAACCAUAUUUUAAUAAGCUUAGCCGAUGGUACCGAAUCAUGGCGUUUAAGAUUAAUAUGAAGACGAAAUGAACGCUGUGUGGCUACGUAACUGUAAUUAUUUUUGUGAAACGAUUUUAUCGCACAAGCAUGUUGUUCACCACUCCACUGUUCCAUGUUUAUUAAAUGACAUGUUGUCUUUGAACUAAUAAUUUGGAGUUUAAAAUAUCUAAUUCAUGAAAAACGUCCAUGGAAUUAAUAACGUAACUAUUAAUAGCAUCGAAAGAUUCAAAAGACAGGAAAGGAAAAUUCUGUGCUAGAAAAAUUUGAUUUUUUAUAAACUGAGGGAAAAUAAGUACUAAACAAAUUUACUAUGUUUUGGCCAUUGUCAGCUGUUUUCCCAUUAAGUUCUAAGGUGCUUGGGAAGUCAGGAGAAGAUUUUAGAUUUUUUAUAUAUGGCCAGAAGAAAUUUGGGUUUUCUUCUAAUAGAGUUUUGAGUUUUAAGUUAAUAUUAACCGUAAUCUAUUUUAUUUAGAAUUUCACAUUUUGAUCGGAGAGUAGAGAACGCCAAAUAAUCAGAAUGAAAUUGUGAAGUCUUAUAAAGAAAAUAAGCAAUUUUAUUUUGUUUUAUAAGAAAUUUAAUAUCAUUAGAGAACCAAAUAGGAAAUUUAUGACUAACUUAAACUAAUUUAGGAAAAUAAGAAUCAAUGACAGAAAAUAAAAUAGAAUAAAAGUUGUCGAUGAGAGCAUCAAUGUUUAUAUUAUCUUUGAAAAUAUCAGAUCAAUUAAAAUAGGCUAAAUAUGAUAGAAUUGAUCGAUAGUUACCUUUUUUCCAACUGUAAGUAAGUUCACAAGAUAUGAGAUGUGAGAAGUAUGAGGUAGAAGAAAGUUUAGCUGACAAAGGAGGAUGAUAUUUAUCAUUAGGAACUAAUGGGUCACGGAGCAUAAAUUAACAGAAAUAGAACCAUACAAAUUAAUUUAAUAGAACAAGAUCCAGUAAACAAUUAUUUGAAUUUAAACAAUUUUUGCAUUGAAGUAAAUUAAAAAAUGAUAGUUUAUAAUUAAAUACAGUUUCAGUUGAGGAGAAAUUAUAAAUUUGAUAUGAGUUAAAUUUAGGUGAAUUGAAAUCACAAAAAAAAUAAGAAGUCUACAUUAGGAUAAUUUAAGAUUAAUUUUUCAAUGAUUUCGAAAAACGUUAAAUAUGAGUUUAUAGAGGAGUUUGGUGAGAAGUACAUAGAGCAUAAGAUAAUUGUUUGAUUGUUAUUUAUUUUUACUAAAACGAAAAUUAAUUCUAAAGAAAUAUUAUCAAUAUCUAAUUUGAGGGAGAUUAAUUUAUUAUUACACCAAUUAAAACGCCAUCGCUUCUAGUAAACGAGCUAAUAUUAGAGUUUCUACCACAUCUAAAAGUUGAGUAAUUAGAUAAGGCAAGUUCAGAGCUAUUAACAGAACUAUGUAACCAGGUCUCAGUAUUAUACAAUAAUAAUUUAACGAUAAAGUUUCAUUGUACUUUUAAUCAAUUAAAUUAUGUUUACUAUAAAAAUUGUUUUUCCUUGAUUAUUUUAGAUUUUGAACGUACCGAGGAAUUUAUUAAUUUUGCCAUAAUCUAUUUUUUUUCUGUUUGUAACUAAAUUUUCUACCAGAAAUUUCGUUCCAUACAUCAACUUUAGGGCUAGUUACUGAUAGAAAAUUUUGUAUAUUCGAUGCAUUUUGGAGAUAAUUUUUUAAUUUUCCUUGGAGUUUUGUUAAUAAUUGAUUAAACCGUAAAAUAACAAGAGCAUUUACGUAUCAAUAACGGUUUUCGUUAUUUUCGAUUUAGUUUUUGUGGUGAAAUUUGGUUAGAAAUAAUCAGAAUUUUCACUGAAUAUAUAUAUAUAAUAUGUUAAUAUUUAUUAUCUAUAUGUGAUAAAAUUGUCAACAAAAUGUGUGAGCCCUUCAUAAUUAUUUAAAAUGUUUAGUCUUUAUUUAGUUUUACGCGGAUAAAAUUAUACCAAAAAUCAUUUUUUUAAUUAUUAUAAUUUUUUUUUUUUGUAGAAAAUUCAUAAAGGAUUAAAAGUAAACAAGGGUUGAAUUACAGCCUGACCAUACGUGGCUCGUCAACGGCGUGAACUAAGAGUGUGUCGCUUACAUAAUGAAACGGCAGUCGGUCGUCGGGGUGGCUUUCCGGCAGAUGUGGAACGCGAUGACCAUCGAACCGGUAGUGAUGUGCUACAUGACGUCGUUCACGCUAGUUUCUCUUACCGUCUCUAACUUGAACCUGCAGAAAGCAUGCAGGGUGAACCUGCGCAUGUCCGACGCGACGUGCGCUGCGCUGGAGUCGAAGAGCACGUCCGAGUUUGAGGGUGACGAGGUCACGGUCCAAGAGCUAGUGGCCAAAAUGAUGGUGUGGCAGACGUGCUUGCAAAAUCUACUGCCGUGCAUACUGUUACUUUUGGUCGGCUCUUGGAGUGACCGAACCCGGAGGCGGGUGCCGUUUUUGAUGCUACCGAUAUACGGCGAGCUGGUUCGAAACGCAGGCCAACUUUUGUGCGUCUACUAUUUCUAUCAGCUACCAAUGGGCGCGGCCGGUAUCGCCGAGACGAUACCGCUGGCCCUGACCGGCGGCCAGACCAUGAUGACCAUGAUCGCUUACAGUUACGUCGGCGACGCCACCACGGUUCGUACCUAAAUAUAUAUAAAUAUAUUUGUUAAAUUAUUGUUUAGUUAAGUUGUAGACUAGUGACGCUCAAGCAUAACAAUGAUAAAGAUGUCUAGGUACCAAGGACGUAUUCAUAAGGGGGAUAUGGGGGAUUAAUCCCUCCAUGACCCUUUUUUAUACUAGUCAUCUAUUAAUAAUUAUGUUUGAAAUACGUAUGGUUUUCCAGGGCUUCUUUCAGACAAAUGUUGAAAACCCUUCACUGACUAAAUGUUACACGAAAUAAUUAAGGUCCUUCAUCAAAUACUAUAAAAAAACAAUUUCCUAUUUUAUUUGAUAAAAAUAUAGUAUUGUUUACUUAAUAAAUAUUAUUUUAACCCCCCCCCCCCAUGGUGAAUAUACCUAUUUUGCCAUGCUAUCGACCUCCUGACAUCUUCUGGCGUGCGCCACUAUUGUUGACACUGUCAACUAUUUUACAGUAAUAAUGACAAAUGAAAUUUAACUAAACAUAACCACCAGAAAAAUCAUCUAUGCUAUUCAUUAUAUUAACAUUCGAUAUACAAUCUUUUUAUUAAUACGUGAUUUUCGAUUUUGUUUUGCAGGUUAAGCACCGAACAACAAGAAUCGGGGGAGUAAACGCCGCAAUGGCCAUAUCUAUGGCGCUGGGGACAUCGCUUUCCGGCAUUUUGUACAAUAAAUUAGGAUACUAUGGAGUCUACGGUAUAUCCACCGUGCUGCUUAUAAUAGGCCUGAUAUACGGGAAAUUGUACGUCAGAGACGUGGCGCCAGUUACGGAAACGAACGCUAACAAAUCCUACAAAACCGUUUUUGUAGAAUUUUUCGACACGCAGCAUAUCGCCCAGUCGGUAAAGACGACAUUUAAAGAGCGGCCGAGUACUCAAAGGCUCAGGAUUUUAAUUUUAUUGAUAAUCCUCAUGACCAACGCUGGCACAAAUAACGGUUAGUAAUAUAUAGGUACCAAUUUUAAACAUACCUAGGUAUAUGCAUAAAAUUGCAUUGCAAUUAGAUUAUCCUGUGACGGGCAAAGUAUAAUAUGAUACAUGCCGGUUAAUAAAUUAAAAGUAAAAUACACUCCGAAUUUAAAAAUCUCGUCGUGAUGAUGGAUAGAUCCCCCCCCCCCACAGAAAAAAAAAUUAGUUUUCGAUUGGUCAAUAAUAUUAUUGAUUCAUUUCGUUUUCGUUUUUUUUUUUUGUACAUCACAACAAAGAAUACUUGUUUACAUCAGUAUUUCAGAAACAAAUAUUUAUUUACAGUUGAAUAAUUGCCUAAUGCAGUACAGCUAUAAUAUUCAUAUAUUAUUAUAAAUUAACGACAUAAAUUAGAUAAUCAAUUUUUAUAUCACCUAACCUAUUAUUUUUCAAUACGAUAAUGUAAUUUUAAAGACUCAUUUUUUUUUUUUUACUCUGUUCAAAACAUCGGAUUAUUACUAAACCCUAUAAUUGAUUAUGAUAAUUAUUAUUACGAAUCGAACUGCGUUUUAUAAAUUUUUAAUAGAAACAAACACGCGCGAUUUAUUCUAAUUACACUGCCGUAGGUAUACACACGUGUUGUAGCGAAAAGAAGUUUUACGUAUUUAAAUAUUUCAAGAAUUAUUAAUUGAUUCAAAAAUGUAUAGUUGUUUAUACUUAUACAGGGUGUCUCUUUCAUAUAUAUGUGUGUCCUGGUAAAUAAUUUUUUUCCAGAUACGUGGUUUUUAAACACUAACGCAAUUUCUAAAAAUAAUUAACAUCAUUUAAAACCAAUACAUUCCUCGCUCCACUCAAAAUCUAAAAUCAAAUUCCUUUCAAAAUAUAAAUAUUGACUAAAAGAAAAAUUAUUCAACAGGACAUCUAGCUUGUAUUAAUAUUGUAAUAUUUGAAUUGAAAAUUAUACGAUUUUUUGUACAUCAACACAGGUUUUCGUACCAUAUCAUAUUUGUACACUCGCGUGCGAUUCAAUUGGAACGAACUUAAAUACAGUAUUUACGCUACGUACGAAUUAUUAAUAAACAUAAUCGGUUAGUUUUAUUAGAACAAAAAAAAAAUUAUAAAUAUAAUCGUUUUGAUAAUCAAUACUUCGAUUAUAAUAUUAUUUUCAUUACAGGACUCCUUUUUGCCGUCUUUGUGCUGAACAAACAACUAAGAAUGUCCGACGAAAUAAUCGGUAUGUUAUCGACGAUUAGUCAGUCACUGGCAGCAUUAUACUUCGGAUUGAUUGCUUACAACGAAUUUCUUUUUUAUUUCGGUAAAUAUACAAAGUACCGUUGAUUUUUAGGAAAUGUCUACCAAAAAUCUUGUUCCAGUGUAUCAAGUAUAGCAUAUAUUUUGAAAGAAAAUUGUAUUUAGUUGAUAUUUUAAGAGAGUCAUUAUUUAAUUUUCCAAGUGGUUUUCAUAAUAAUUGCGAUAAAUCAGGAAUAAAAUAGAAAAAAGGGAAAACUCACGAAAAUAAUACUUUUAUUAUUUUCAAUUUUGUUUUUGUUUUAAUUCAGUUAAAAAUAUUUGCAGAGACUUAAAAUUUUCAAAAUAUUUCAUUAAUUUUAAGCUAUUUACAGACAUUUUAAUUUUGCGAGCUUUUUAAGUAAAUUUUAUUUGGCAAGUUUACUGUGUGGAUAAAAUUGUUAGACUAAACAGAAAUGCAUGACAAUUUUACAGAAGGUUCAUUAUAAGUUACACCAAGUGGUCAAAAAUUGUACAAGAAUUCGUUAGUAAUGGAUAAUCAUUGCGUACAGAUGUAGAUAAAAUUCACCUCUAUUUCCUACCUUUACAACUUCUCAUCUACUACUUUGGCCCACCCAUCGUGCGAAGUAUGUCGUUUUCGUAUAUUUCGGAACGGAGUAAAGAUCUAUUGGUUUACUAUGAUUUGUGUAUGUUUUUUCUACCUGUAAACAACUUUUCGAAAAGAAAACUUGCUCUGAUAUAUUAAGUGUAGUGCCUUUUUUGAAGUUUUCUUUCAUUGAAUCUAGAAUCUAGUUCCUGCAUUAGUGAAAUCAUUUUUUAUUUUCUAUAGGGUUUUCAAAACAAUUGGGAAAAACCGGAAACAAAAUUAUAGGUAAAUUGGCAUGUAUUUGAGGCACACUGCGGCGUUACCAAUUCCAAUUUUUUUAAUUUUUGCGAACUAUAUUUGCUACUAGAAAUAUUUUUUAAUUGACAAAUGUCAAGAGACCUUUUAUGUUUUAAUAUAUUUGAUUAGUAAGAAAGGCAUUUUUUUUUUUUUUUUGAUUUUCAAAGCAGUUUUCAUAACAAUUGAGAAAACUCGAAAAAAAAAGACGAAUAUACUUUACACGUGGGUGGGCCACUGUUGUAGAUAAAAAAUUGGGAAAGUAGAGGGGAAAUUUAGUGUAUAUCUGUACGCAACGAUAAACUAUAGCAAACGAAAAAACAAUUCUGAACAUACCUACCGAAUAAAAAUUACUUAUAAAAACUUGCAAAAUUAAAAUGUUUAUAAAUAGCUCAAAAAUGGCUAAAAUGUUUUAAAAAUUCAUGUCUAGAAAACGCAAAUAUAAGUUUUGAGACCAAAUUUCAAUUUCAUGUAUAGUCCAUAUGAAUACUUUAAACUAAAUUUCAAUAUAAAAUUAAAAUUUUUUAAAUAGUUUAAAAAUGACUCAAAUGUUUUGAAGAUUUUAAAAUCUUGAAAUAUUUAUGGAAUUUUUAACAUAUUUAUAGACAUUUUAAUUUUAUGAGUUUUUAACGUAAUUUUUAUUUGGUAGGUACUCAUAGGAGGUUCAUUUUAAGUUGUACUCGGUGAUCAAAUGUGAGUGUAAUGCAAUAAUUUUAUUUUUAUAAAAAUUUUAGUAUCAAAUUUUGACGAAAAUCGUAAAUAUCUUUCAAAACAUGUAUACCAAACUUUACCCGAAUCGUUUUUCGUUAACAAUAAUUUAUCGUUGUUUACGGAUAUAAAUUAAAUAAGUUUAUGUUUUCUACCUUUUUAACUUUCUACCUACAAUAGUUGCAUAUCUGUCUCCAGUACCAAUUUUGUUUUUAAAAAUGUAUUUUAUUUUAUUGCAGGCCCCUUAGUGAAUAUAUUGAUCGUUGCGGAAAAUAUGUCCAUAAAAUCGCUAAUGACCAAACUAGUACCGAACACUGAACUCAGUAAGUUCUUACCAAAGUUGUUAUCUACACAGGUUGGCGUACGGAGUAUUAUUAGAUACUGUCUAAGUAGCGUUCAUUGUGAAUUAUUAUCAGGUUUUAGUUAUGUAAAUCAUACGGUAUAAUAUAUAUAAUAUUAUUACCUAUAUUUUUUCAAAAAUAUACGCAAAUACCUAUAUUUUAGAUUGCACAUUUGUGCUUUACAUAGACUAGUUUUUGUGUUUCUAUCUAUAGAAUUAAAUGUUCUUUUUAAUAUUAAGGCAGUGCAUUAUUUUGGCGCCAAAAAUCAAAACAAUAUGUUACCACGGUUAUAUACACCCUAUAGGUAACCUUGUAUUUUGCUGAUAAACACGGUAAAAAUCCACAUUAUCGUUUUCAUUUUUCUUUUUUAAAUUUGUAUCAAUAUAAUAUAUAAUAUAUAAUGAUAUUAUACCUGUAAGGAUAACUGGUACUUUUAGGAUAACUAUCCUAAAAUACAUAUAAACUAAUUCCAGGAAAAACAAUAAUAGUAUAACUAUAAUAUAAUAGUAUAAGUAUUUAAUAUGUACAUUUAUGAAAAAAUGAAAAUAAAAAUAAAAAAUGUGGUUACCUACCUUGUUUGUUAUUUACAUAGUAUUAUUUUGAUUAUUGUUGUCAAAAUAUUAAUUUAUAAUUUUCAUUAAAAAUAUAACGUAAUUAAUAUUAGAAAAACCAAAGUAUAUCUAUUUAUCAUUAAGAAUUACGAUAAAAUUGUUCAAUUAAAAUGGUCUAUAAUUUACCUACGCGUUUAGCAUUUUUUAUAUUAGUGUAUUCGCUUUUGCACGAAAUAUGGAAAACCAUUAUUUUUCGUAUGAUUUGCAUGUUAUUACCGGCUCAAUAACUACCACUUAGCACUAAUUAUAAACUACAAUCACCACGUUGAAUGUGUGGGCGAAAAUGUUUAAACAUCUAAUUAGAUGAAAACCAUUGUCGGUAUGUUGAAUUUGUGUUCAAACAAAAACGUUACUAAUUUACAUUACUGCGAUGAAAUACAGUUGUUCCUUCAAAAUAUUUUCUUAAUUCUUUAUGAGUAAAAUCAAUUUGAUGUUUACCUAUUAUUCAACACUGGGACCUAUAGAUACACAUUACAUAUUUAUUUUAUAAAUCUAAUCUAUCUAAUCUGCUCUUUUUCUUUUUCUGAUUAAGUGUACAUUAUAAUGUAAUAAUAUUUAUUUUAAGACAUAUUUUAUCAAUUAAGCAUUGUAUCAUGAAAUAUACAAAUAUUGCUUACUUAUUCCUUACUAAGAGCAGAUUUUUGCAAGUAGAAUUUUAGUAGUAUUUAUUGUUACUUUAUUAAGUUUAAAAAAAAAAUAAUAAUUAAAAUUAUUUAUCAAAUGUUAAUAUAUAAAAAUAUCGAUAUUUUUUUUCGCCCAACCCUAAUGUCCGUCUUUUUUUUUAUUUAACUAAUAAAUUAUGUAAUUUAUCGUAAAAUAACCUAACUAAUUUACAAUAUCGAAUAUAUUUUUUUACUAAAUAUUUCUAAAAUAUUUGUAUGUACCUAUUUUACAGGUCAAAUUGCUGCAAUUUUUGGUAUUGCAGAAAUCAUUGUUUCGUUAUUUUUUGGAUUAUUAUACAACGGUUUAUAUGAAGUCACUCUCAAAAUACUACCCGGUGCAGUUUAUGGAAUCACUUUCAUAUUCAGUGCUCCGGUCAUCGGGCUAUUCUAGUAAACCUAAUAUUAUUUGUAUUACAUAUUAAUUAUUUAAAUUAUUAUUACAUAAAUUGGUUAACAUUUUUCAAUAUUAUUUUUGAAUCCAAGUAAAUACACAGUACCUAGGUACUGGUAGGUAGAGCUGGGCAUGAUUUCAAAUCCUUUGGAUUUUAAAAAUCCAAAAUCAAAUCGGGAUUUUAGAUUUUAGAAAUCCGUUUAAAAAGGAUUUUUAAUUACCAUUGUAAUGAUUUUGAAUUUCGAUUUGUCAGUUUUCAAUAUGUACUUAGAUAAUUUUUUUUUUUACUUUUAUAGUUCAUGAUUUUUAACAAUUGAAAAAAAAAAAAUGAGAAUAGGUCCAGCAAUCGGUUACCAUGAUUAUUAUAUACAUAUUAACUAUAGUCACUAGCCAGUUACCAAAAGUAUCGAAACUAAACAUUGAUAACAUAUCAAUGUGUUUAUGGCUAUAGAUAAGAUAAUAUUAAUAUAUUAUUAUUAUAUCUUCUAUGAACUAUAUCAUCCACCAUCUGUAUUAGGUAUGAUAGGUAAUAUAGAUUAGCUGCUGGUCAAGGCUCGUCGGAUAGUAGGUAAGAAACAGGAGAAGGAAAAAUGCAUUUAGGAUACUAAAGGAAUAAGGAUACGGGAAAAGUUAGUUGAGAUACGGGAACAGGUAAAAAGUCUAGACAUCAGUUUUUUACAGGGCUCCGCGGUUCCAUUCUCAGGCCCCCGGUAAUCCUGUGAUACAGGAUACAGUAUUCCGGGAAUUCCGGAGAGCACGCAUUUCACCUCCAUGGCGAUCUAGUAUACUAUAAUUUUUAUAUUGAUAAACUAUUUAAAGAUUUAUUUUAAUAUUGUUAGUAAAAUCGAUGAAUUAAAAUUACUAAAAAAAAAAUAAUAAUACUUUUUUGGAUAAUUCAAUUUUUAAAUAUUUAUGAAGGAAGCUCGAGCGUGGUUGAUUCUAAGGAUUAAGAGUUAGGCAACUUUUAUGACAGUUACAAACUAGUUGUGUCAGUGUGUGAGAAGUGAAUGCACAUUAUUAUGAGUGCGGUCAACGCGUAUAACUAUACCACCAUCUUAAGUAUCAUAACAAGUAGUAGGCGCAGUCGAGUUUCGUAUCAUUAUCGCAGUUAUUUAUGUGUUUAAGUUAUAUGAAUAUAAUAAUAAUAGUAAUCAUUUUAUUUAUCACUAUUUAUUUUUAAUUUGUCAUUAUUUCUUUGUUUAUCAAGUUGUAGAACUAUAGAUUAAAUAUUGUAAUUUAAUCAAUAGUAAGACUUUAGAUUCUGAGUGGAGCGAAGAAGCUUAUGGUUUACAAAGUUUCUUUUUGUUUUUCUUGUGGACAACUUUUUUACCAGAGAUCUUGCUCUAAUUUUUAAGUGCAACACUUUUUCUGAAAUUAAAUCGGAUAGGUUUUUUGGAAUAAAAAAUAAUAAAUUCAAAAUGCCUAAAAUAAAUAAAAAUGUAAUUCGAUAUUUAAAAAAAAUAUCAUAACUUUGAUGGUUUUUAAAACUGAGAAUCGAAAUUCGGCUUCCUAAGAAACCUAACAAAUGCAUAGAUCCUUUAAAAAUUUAAAUCGGACAUCGGGAAGUAGGCCUAAUUUCCCACCGCUUAUUGGUCUAGAACAGAGGUUCCCAAACUUUUUAUGUUACAACCCAUUUUAAAAAUAAUUUAAAUUUUGGCGACCUAAAAUAAUAUCAAUGAACCUUUAUUUUUGUUUAAUUUUCAUUUCUGGAUGAUUCAUAAAAUUUGUUCAGUCUCAUUUGCAAGUAUAAAUCCAAUUUUUUGGUAGAAAAUUUGUUCACAGGGGAAAAAAGGCCGUAAUAUUUUUUUGCUAAUACCUAAAUUUCUUACAUUUUCCAUUUUUCUUACAUUUUAUCCAGGUUUUUCCCAAAUAUUAUGAAAACCGCUUAAAAAUCAAAAAAUCUAAAUUAUCAUAUGGAUAAAAUUUCCUUUCAGAAAAUAAGCUUUACUUGAUAAAUCGGAACAAGAUUUCUGGUAGAAAAAUUUGCACAACAAAUCGAGAGGUAUUUUGUGAUUAAAAUAAUCCGAGAAAGCGAUGGCUUAGGUCUCUAGGUAUACUCAAUGUAUUUGUUUUUCCUUGUUUAGGUAAAGGGGACACAACGAUUUGAACUCGGAACCCCUAAGAUGAUAAUAAACAUAAAUAACCAUUAGAUCACGAUGCAUAUGUUUUAAUAUGGACAAUAUAGUUAUUUAACAUAACAUAUGUUAUCCACAUAAUAACUUUAAAAAUUUUACCACAUUUAGAAAAAGCAAAUAUAAAAAAUAAUAAAGCAUUAUUUUCGUAAAUUUCCUGUUUUCUUACAUUUUAUCCUGGUUUUUCCCAGAUAUUAUGAAAACCACUUAGAAAAUAAAAAAACGACCUUCUAAAAGUACCAUCUGGACAAUAUUCCCUUUCACAAAUGGUGCUACACGUAAAUAUCUGAGCAAGAUUUAUGGUAGAUUUUUUUUACAGCAUAAAAAAAAUAAAAUAAAAACUUAAUAAAACCAAUACAUUCUUUGCUACACUCAGAAUCCAAAAAAAAUAACAAAAAGUCAAUAAACAGUACCUUAUACAUUCCAUAUUACAAAAUAAAUUAUAAAUAAUAUUAUUUUUCCGAAGUGAGUCCAUACCUCUAUGGAAAAUCUCAGUCAAAUCUCGGAUCAGUCAUUUCAGGUAGUAGAGAUUGAUGGUACAAGUUAAUUAAUUGUUGUAACUUUUCUGUUUCCCAAAAAUUGUCGUCUCUUUUAUUUUUUUCAUAUAAGUUCUCGUGGUGUCCAAAUACAAAAAUAACAAAAUAAUCUAUAUGAAAUGGGUUGACUUUGCACUUGAUAAUACUAAUUCUAAUAUCGAAGUUUGGUGAACAAUUUUUAAGGUAUGGAUUUCGGAUUUUGAUUUUCAAAAUCUUUUAUUCGGUAAUUUUUUUACUUUGAUUUUAAAAAUCAAUUUUCCAAGGAUUUUGCCCAGCUUUGCUGGUAGAGGUAACCUAAUCAAUGUAUGUACCUACCUAAUAACGAUUUAAAAAAAUUGUCUAAUUUAAUGUAAACUGAUAUAACAUUUAUUGUAACCAAAUUAUAUUGUAUGAUAAUAUGAAUAAAUAAUACUAUUUAUGUUCAUUUCGAUUUUACCUGUGUGUUUAGUUGGUUAUACGUGGAGCGAAAAUACGAAGGAAGAAUACCACUGCCAUCAACUAUAGAUCCUAAUUUAAAUUAUGGUACUAUAUCAAAAUCCUAA